UUAGCCAGAUGUAAUGUACAAAACAAAACAAAAGCUCGACCGACGUGGCAACCUAGUACUCGGUUGUUAUUCAUUUGACAUUGAAGCAAUUCCAGAAAAAAGGACGUUGGAAAAUCGCUGCGCGAAAGAAGAACAAAAAGUCAGGGAACACGUUCUAAGUAAAUUCAACACUAAUUCAUUAAACGCAAACAAUACGGCGAAGUUGUGGCUAAGCGCUCUGCAGAUUUGCCGGAGCCAGAUAAAACAGCAGCUACUGUGCAGCUUUGAGCGGCCGGGAUCCACGACCGUAUUUAAGUGAAGUUUCGCGAGUGGCUUGUGCAGUCCACCUGUGCUCUCUUUCACGUUCGCUUGGCUCGACUAACGAGACCUGACCUAUUCCGCCCACACACCGCCUUCUAAUCACCAAAGGAACAUGGCCGGCGCACUGCCCCCACUGACCCAAGAGCCCACCUUCCAGAAGCUGCAGGAAUACUUUGACAGCCAAGGCAAGGACCUGAACAUCAAGGAUCUGUUUGUGAAGGACUCCAAGCGGUUUUCCAAAUACAGCCUGCGCCUGCACACUCAGAACGAUGGUGAAAUACUGCUGGACUACUCGAAGAACCGGAUCAACGACGAAGUCUGGGACCUGCUCCUUACCCUGGCGAAGGUGCGACGCGUGGACGCCGCGCGCGACGCCAUGUUUACUGGCCAGCACAUCAACAUUACGGAGAACCGCGCCGUCCUUCACACGGCGUUGCGCAACCGCGGCGCGGAUCCGGUGCUCGUUGACGACAAGGAUGUGAUGCCGGAGGUGCGCGCCGAGCUGGCCCAUAUGAAAGAGUUCACCAACAAGGUAAUUUCCGGCGUGUGGCGCGGCUGCACCGGCAAACAGAUUACUGACGUUGUCAACAUCGGCAUCGGUGGCUCCGAUCUGGGUCCCUUGAUGGUCACAGAGGCGCUGAAGCCCUACGGCAAGGGCCUACACUCGCACUUCGUAUCUAACAUCGACGGCACCCACUUGGCCGAGGUGCUGAAGAAGGUUAACUAUGAGACCACCUUGUUCAUUGUGGCCUCGAAGACUUUCACCACCCAGGAGACCAUCACGAACGCCACGUCGGCCAAGACCUGGCUCCUGGACUUGGCCAAGGAACCCGAGUCCGUCGCCAAGCAUUUCGUGGCCUUGUCCACCAACAAGGAGAAGGUCACCGAGUUCGGCAUUGAUAGUGCCAAUAUGUUCGGCUUCUGGGACUGGGUGGGCGGACGUUACUCCCUAUGGUCCGCCAUUGGUCUGUCCAUCUGCCUAUCCAUUGGUUUCGAGAACUUUGAGCAGCUGUUGGAUGGCGCCCAUUACAUGGAUAACCACUUCAGAUCGAUGCCGUUUGAGAAGAAUGCACCUGUUAUCUUGGCAUUGCUUGGCGUUUGGUACUCCAACUUCUUCAAAGCGGAAACGCACGCCCUGCUGCCAUACGACCAGUACUUGCACCGCUUCGCUGCCUACUUCCAGCAGGGCGACAUGGAGAGCAACGGCAAGUUCGUGAGCAAGGCGGGCAAGGCUGUCAAGUACAGCACCGGCCCGAUUGUGUGGGGCGAGCCGGGCACCAACGGCCAGCACGCCUUCUACCAGCUCAUUCACCAGGGCACCCGCCUGAUCCCCUGCGAUUUCAUUGCCCCUGCUCAGACGCACAACCCCAUUGCCGGCGGCAAGCACCACAAGAUCCUACUUUCGAAUUUCCUGGCCCAAACUGAGGCCCUCAUGGCUGGCAAGAAUGUCGACGAGGCUCGAGCCGAGCUUACCAAAGCCGGACUAUGCGGCAACGAGCUGGAGAACCUGCUACCCCACAAGGUCUUCGUUGGGAACCGUCCGACUAACUCGAUUGUGGUUAAGAAGGUCUCGCCUUUCACACUGGGCGCGUUGAUUGCGCUCUACGAGCAUAAGAUCUUCGUACAAGGCAUCAUCUGGGACAUCAACUCGUUCGAUCAGUGGGGCGUUGAGCUUGGCAAGCAGCUAGCCAAGGCCAUCGAGCCAGAGCUGGACCACUGCAAUGAGGUCUCCUCGCACGACAGUUCCACAAAUGGCUUAAUUAACUUCAUCAAGGCCAAUUGGAAGUAAUUUCCUGGCUCAUCGGUUUUCGUUGCAAAUUAAAAUGAAAUGUUCACACAAAA